GUGCGCCUGUUUUGCGUAAGCCCAUAUUAGUGAGCGGGUAUCGCGAUGAACGUGAAGCCGUGGUGUGUUUAGGGAAAGCCGGGUCGCUCUCACGCAGCUCUCGCCGACAUGGAGCGCUUCUGCAACGCGGACUCCUCCGGCUCUGUCGACCCCUUCUGGGACUGGAACCGCACAUGGUGCGCUCAGAACCCAGACGUGACCCAGUGCUUUCAGAACACACUCCUCGUCUGGAUCCCGUGUCUCUACCUCUGGCUCCUCGCACCCUUUUACUUCCUGUACCUCAGAAGUCAUAACCGCGGCUACAUCUGUAUGAGCCACCUGAAUAAAGCCAAAACCGUCACUGGGUUACUGCUGUGGAUUAUCUGCUGGUCAGAUGUUUUCUACUCUUUCUGGGAAAGAGGCCAAGGGGUUGCAGUCGCACCCGCUUACCUAGUCAGUCCCACGCUGCUAGGCAUCACCAUGUUGCUGGCUACGUUUUUCAUCCAGUACGAGCGGAUGAAGGGCGUCCAGUCGUCCGGGCUGAUGCUGAACUUCUGGCUCAUUGCCUUAGUUUGUGCUACAGUCACAUUUCGCUCCAAGAUCCUGCAGGCGCUCCAUGAGUCUGCCUCUGUAAGCAUCUUCAGAUACACCACUUUCUACAUUUACUUCACCUUACUGUUAAUCUCCCUCGUCCUGUCCUGCAUGCCUGACCAGCCGCCGCUUUUCUCCCCAACCGUCAAAGAUCAGAAUCUGUGUCCUGAAGCGGGAGCCAGCUUCCUGUCCAGAAUCACCUUCUGGUGGAUCACAGGGUUGCUGAUGCGCGGUUACAAAAAGCCUCUAGAGGAGAAAGAUCUAUGGUCCCUAAACUCGGAGGACGAGUCUCAGAGGGUUGUGCCACAGCUUGUACGCCGCUGGAACCAUGAGUGCAACAAGGACAGAAGGCCAGAAGACAAAGCCAUGGCCAUGUACUCUCCUAAACGCUCAUCCAAGGCCGAGAACAGAGACGGCCAGCCGAUCGAAGAAUCCGAGAUCCUGAUCUCGAAAGCUCCUCAGAAGCCCAGAGAUCCGUCGCUCUUCCUUGCCCUGUGCUGGACCUUCGGGCCGUACUUCCUGGUCAGCACCGUCUACAAGAUCAUUCAUGACGUCCUGAUGUUCGCAGGGCCAGAAAUCCUCAGGCUGCUGAUCCAGUUUGUAAACGACUCCAGCGCCCCCUACUGGCACGGCUACUUCUACACAGUGCUGCUGUUCAUCUGCACCUGCGUCCAGACGCUGGUCCUGCAGAGAUACUUCCACGUGUGCUUCGUGUCAGGAAUGAGGCUGCGUACGGCCAUCGUAGGCGCCGUGUACAGGAAGGCCCUGGUGAUUACGAACGCCGCUCGCCGCACCUCUACAGUGGGAGAAAUCGUAAACCUCAUGUCCGUAGACGCACAGCGCUUCAUGGACUUGAUCACGUACAUCAACAUGAUCUGGUCCGCACCUCUGCAGGUCGUCCUGGCGCUUUACUUCCUGUGGCAGAAUCUGGGUCCGUCUGUGUUGGCUGGUGUUGCUGUGAUGGUGCUGAUGGUUCCAGUAAACGCUGUUAUAGCCAUGAAAACCAAAACCUACCAGGUUGCACAGAUGAAGAGCAAGGACAACAGGAUAAAGCUGAUGAACGAGGUGCUGAACGGCAUCAAGGUGCUGAAGCUGUACGCGUGGGAGCUGGCCUUCAAAGACAAAGUGUCUCAGAUCAGAGAGAGUGAACUGCGCGUGCUGAAGAAGGCUGCCUACCUCGCCGCCGUUUCCACCUUCACCUGGGUCUGCGCUCCCUUCCUGGUGGCGCUGUCGACGUUUGCCGUGUACGUGCUUGUGGACGAGACCCACAUACUGGAUGCGCAGAAGGCCUUCGUUUCCCUUGCGCUCUUUAACAUCCUGAGAUUUCCUCUUAACAUGCUCCCCAUGGUCAUCAGCAGCAUGGUGCAGGCGAGUGUCUCACUGAAACGUCUGCGUGUGUUUCUUUCUCAUGAGGAACUGGAAGAGGACAGCGUGGAUCGCAGAGCAGUUACUAGCUCCCCUGAAAGCAUCAGGAUUGUGGACGGAACUUUCAGCUGGUCUAAAGAUGACCCUCCUGCUUUAAAGAGGAUUAAUGUGUCUAUUCCUGAAGGAGCGCUGGUUGCUGUAGUAGGUCAGGUCGGUUCGGGAAAGUCCUCCCUGCUCUCAGCUCUUCUGGGAGAAAUGCACAAGCAGGAGGGCUUCGUCUCAGUCAAGGGUUCGGUGGCGUACGUGCCUCAGCAGGCCUGGAUCCAGAACGCCACGCUGAGGGAGAACAUUGUGUUCGGGCAGCAGAUAAAGGAAAGCAGCUAUCAGAGAGUGCUGGAGGCUUGUGCUCUCCUCCCAGACCUGGAGAUCCUUCCUGGAGGAGACGACACCGAGAUCGGAGAGAAGGGAGUGAAUUUGUCCGGAGGACAGAAGCAGCGUGUCAGUUUGGCUCGAGCGGUGUAUUGUGAUUGCUCUGUGUAUUUGCUGGAUGAUCCCCUGUCUGCCGUCGACGCCCACGUCGGGAAACACAUCUUCGAGAAGGUGGUCGGGCCUCAGGGUCUGCUGCAGGGACGCACGCGUGUGCUGGUGACCCACGGCCUCAGCUUCCUGCCUCAGGUCGACCUCAUCCUGGUGAUGGAGGACGGACAGAUCACGGAGGCAGGAUCGUACAUGGAGCUGCUCGGCCGACACGCCACCUUCGCCGAGUUCCUGCGCACACACACCAACACCGAACAGGAAGAGGAGAGCGAGGGGGACGGAGAUACAAAUCCUGGGAAAAUGCUGGAAAACGGAGGACCUGCGGCUCUGCUCAGACAAAGCCAGGUUUCUUUAACCACAUCAGGAACGGCGAAGCAGAAAACCGAGAGCAACGACGUCAAAGAGCAGAAAGUCAAAUCUACAGACGCGGCCAAACUGACCGAGGCGGAUAAAGCCAAGACCGGCAGAGUGAAGCUCGCCGUCUUCUGGGAGUACAUGAAAGCCAUCGGAGUUUGUCUGUCCAUCUUCAGCAUCUGCCUCUUCUUCGCUCAUCACAUAGCGUCUCUGGGUUCCAAUUACUGGCUCAGCUUAUGGACGGAUGAUCCGGUCAUUAACGGCACUCAACCCACCAGAGACAUGAGACUGGGAGUGUAUGGAGCACUGGGACUUGCACAAGGCAUCGCCGUGUUCUCUUACUCCAUCUCCGUGUCGAUUGGUGGGAUCCUGGCGUCUCGCUACCUCCACCAGACCAUGCUGUACAAUGUCCUGCGCUCGCCCAUGUCGUUCUUCGAGCGCACUCCCAGCGGGAACCUGGUCAACCGCUUCUCCAAAGAGACAGACACCAUCGACUCGAUGAUCCCCAGCAUCAUCAAGAUGUUCAUGGGCUCCAUGUUCAACGUGCUGGGCUCCUGCACCGUCAUCCUCAUCGCCACUCCUCUCGUCGCCAUCAUCAUCCCUCCUCUGGGGCUCUUCUACUUCUUCGUGCAGCGCUUCUACGUGGCCUCGUCUCGGCAGCUGAAGCGUCUGGAGUCGGUGAGCCGCUCUCCGGUGUACACACACUUCAACGAGACCCUGCUGGGGACGAGCGUGAUCCGCGCCUUCGCGGUGCAGGACCGCUUCAUCGGAGAGAGCGACCGACGAGUGGAUCACAACCAGAAAGCCUACUUCCCUAGCAUCGUGGCUAACAGGUGGUUAGCAGUGAGGCUGGAGUUUGUGGGGAACUGCAUUGUGACGUUUGCUGCAUUGUUUGCUGUGAUGGCCAGAGACAGCCUGAGUCCAGGCAUCAUGGGACUUUCCAUCUCCUACGCUCUGCAGGUCACAGCGUCUCUGAAUUGGUUGGUGAGAAUGUCGUCAGAGUUAGAGACCAACAUCGUAGCUGUAGAGAAAGUAAAGGAGUACGAAGAAACGGAGAAGGAGGCCGAAUGGAAACUGAAGAAAAGCUCCGUUCCUGCCGGAUGGCCCACAGUGGGCCACAUCGAGAUGCGGAAUUUUGGUCUGCGGUAUCGACAGGACCUGGAAUUGGCCAUCCAUGACAUCAACGUGACCAUCAAGGGAGGAGAGAAGGUGGGAAUCGUGGGCCGGACCGGUGCGGGGAAAUCAUCUCUAACUCUCGGGUUGUUCCGGAUCAUCGAGGCGGCUCAGGGAGAGAUCUCUAUUGAUGGAGUGAACAUCGCUGAGCUUGGCCUUCAUGAACUGCGCUCGCGCAUCACCAUCAUCCCACAGGACCCGGUUCUGUUCUCCGGAUCUCUCCGCAUGAACCUGGACCCAUUUGAUGGUUACUCUGAUGAGGAGGUGUGGAAAGCUCUGGAACACGCUCAUCUCAAAAACUUCGUCUCAGGCCUUCAGGACAAACUGAACCACGAGUGUUCCGAGGGAGGAGAGAACCUCAGUCUGGGUCAGAGGCAGCUGGUGUGUUUGGCUCGAGCUCUCCUGAGGAAGACGAAGAUUCUGGUUCUGGAUGAAGCCACAGCGGCCGUGGACGUGGAGACGGACGAACUGAUCCAGUCCACCAUCCGCACACAGUUCGAGGAGUGUACAGUGCUGACCAUCGCUCACCGCCUCAACACCAUCAUGGACUAUACACGGGUGAUGGUCCUGGAUAAAGGUCAGAUGGUGGAGUUCGAUUCUCCGUCCAGUCUCAUCGCCCAGCGAGGGAUCUUCUACAAGAUGGCCAAAGACUCGGGUUUGGUCUGAUUUAAAAACAAAUGAAAAGGAAAACAGAAGCAGCAGUCUUAUCUGGCAUGGUCACUCCGUAAUCCGGUCCGGUCUAGAACUCUGCAGUCACUCCGGUAUUAUCCUAGAACACGGCUCUCACUCCAGAAUCCACGGUCCGGCGUAGAACCCACGGGUCAGUCCGGACUUCCAGGUCAAUUCUAGAACACAACACACACUCCGGAACUCAUCACAGAGCGCAGAUCUCACUUCAGAAGCCACUGUCCAUUCCACAGCGCAGCUUUCUCCUACUAGAACCCGCCGUCGGUUCUAGAGAAUUGAGCUGCCUGUUGUGGGCGGAGCCUGUGGACAGAGCUCUUUCUCCUCCUCCUGCUGCUGGAUGAGGUGUUCGUGUAGUUACUAAAGAGAAAUACUCGACUUUUUCGCACCAAAAAAAAAAAAAUAUAUAUAUAUAUAUAGAUGCAUAUUUACUCAGAUUUUAUUUUUGAAGUAUGAAAAGACAAUUGUAGUUCAGUUUAAUUCAUAAGUCAACGUUUCUGGACAUGUGUGUGUUUUCGUCAGGGGUCAGGGUCUUACAGUCUGAAUAUCUGAAUAUAUCUCUCACAAACACGCACGCACAAACAUGCACAAUCGUUCUCACUUUGAGAAGAUGAAGCAGUAUAAAGAUUACAGAACAGGAAAUCAGUACAGUUAAUAUAUAAUAAUUCUAAUAUCAGUUUCUGCAUGAUCUAAUCAUUUGAAUUUGGCAUUGAAGAACAAAACUGCAAAAAGACAAGAAGGUGAUGAUAUGGUGCAUUUCAUUAAAAAAAAAAAAAUCUGCGUUCACACUAGCAGGCUGAAUUUUUUAAAUAAUAAAAAAAUAAUAAUUAGUAAUGAUGUACAGUAUAUAAAGCAACAAUCCAGAUUUUUCUCCGAGCAAAAUAAACUGAAUUAAUAGAGAGCAUGCUACCUAAUCAAAUGGAAUAUGAGGUCAUGCAAAAACAUUGAAUGCUUAAAAAAAAACCUAAAGGCCACACCCACAAGACUUGUGCCCCGCCCACAGGAGAUUGACCUGGUGUAGCGUCACUGCUUCCUGUGUGCCAGUGUGAACACACGCUGUUAUAAAUUGAAAACCACUGCCGUUUCUUUAACACUGCAAUAGUUGAUGCCACUCGUUCAUACGUCUACGCUGCUGGAUCUUCUGAACCUCGCCAUCUUUGAUAUCCCUGUGUCCAACCAAAACGGACAUCCAUACAUACACACGCUCAGGUCAUGUGACAUGCCAGCACAACCCUCUGCAUGGUUCACGGUGUCGGUCUGCACCAGAAACCUGGUUUUGUCUAAACACAGCUGGAGAAAAUGAGAACUUUCAUCAUGAUGAAUGUGAACUUUAGCAUCGUCACAUCCUCGGCUAGUCUUUCAUCACGGGUCACUGCGCUUGGUCACGAUUUAUGUGUCUUAUUGUGUUGCCUUCUUGACUAUCUAGGCUCCUGAAUGGUACACAGAGUGAUGAUGAUGAUGAUGAAGUAUCUGUGAUGUAUCCUUUAAACCGAGCUGCUGAGUUGAACUGGUGGUUAGGUCGUGAGUAACACACUCCGUCUCAUGCUGUUACAGGAAAACAAUCAGUGAACGCAUGACCUGAUGUGUUUUAUUCUUCACAUCCUAAACUGGUUUGUUGGAAAUUACGACGUCACCUUGAGCUUUUAUCCAUUUCUAGUUACAUUUUUCCUCAAGGUGAGCUCCUUUAUUGACGUCUCACGAUCUCACCAGCCUGGAAACCAUGAUGUCAUAAAGUUACAUCUUCUACUUCUGACUGUUACUCACACUGGAGACUCCUUCCAUCGAUAUUAAAAAAGAAAAAGAAAAAAAUCCCUCUGAAGGAGCUGUUACCAUAGCAACGUAUUCCAUAGCUCAUCAGGAUGUUCUAGCAGGUUUGUAUAAACCUGCGAUUCGGAGCUGAUGAGGUCCUAGCAAACCGAGCUACACCUUCUGACCAAUCAGAAUCGAGAACUCCUGUUUUAUUUAUUUAUUGUUAAAUAAAUAAAUAAAAAAUUCCACAAAGAUGGGAUCUCAGGCUAUGUAACUAAUGUCAUAGACCAUCACCAUAAACACGUAGCGUCUCGUUAAUGCUAUAAUUGAACGUCUAAUCUUGCCUCUCAUCGUUUUAUUAUAUUAGAAAUUAUACUAAUAAAUAAUAUAUUCUGGCCACUAUAUGUCCUAACCUGUGGCUCUGCCUUAUUCCAGCUGACCUCCAGGUGACCUCAGCCGAGCGUUGUGUUCAGAUUAUUAUGUAUUAACUCUCUACUAAUUAGUUGCCAUAUUUCUGUUUAUGCUUCCGUUAUAUUUUUUUUUCUAUGCAGACUUUUAUUUAAUGCUGCUUCCUCUUUGUGUGUCAAUAACAUUUUAUUUAGCUGUUAAAGGUGAAGUAUGAAUUGUUAGGAAGCGACACUUUUUUGAGCGAUCUUUCUCUUUACAUAUAUCCAGGGCAGGGCUUUAUUUUUAAUAACUUACAACCUGCUGAUUUGUUUGUGUGUGAGUGUGUGUGUGUGUGUGUGUGUGUGUAGGAGAGAGAGAACGUGUGUGUGUAGGAGAGAGAGAACGUGUGUGUGUGUGUGUGUGUAGGAGAGAGAGAACGUGUGUGUGUGUGUGAGUGAAAGCUGAAUGUACCAAACACGUCCUCAUUAUUGGUCAGGCUGAAGUUUGUUACUUAUUUAUACUGUGUGUGUGUGUGUGUGUGUGUGUGUGUGUUCUUUUUGUUUGUGUGUUAUUAUCUGUAAUACACAUGCACUAGUUUUGAUGUGUGCUUUAUUUCAGGAGUUUAAAAAAAAUAAAUAAAUAAAUUGUUUUGUAAGUG